AUGAUCAUAUUCGAUUCAUAAAUGAAGCAAAAUGAAAAUAUCGAAGAUGAGUCUGAAGAUAAGUAUGAAGUAAAAAGGGAUAUUUUAGAUAAUUAUAUGUACCAUUAUUUCCUAUGAGAAAGAAACCGUCCAUAGGAUCUAGUUAAACUUCUUCUCAAUCAACAUCAUAAUCAACUUAAAUGCUUACUUAAUAUAGAAGCAUGUAAGAUUCAAAUGAGAAAAGAGAAUUGGAAGCAGCAAUAAUCAAAGAACUCAUGAAAGAUAAGCGAUCCACUCAAUUUUAUGCGGUUCGAGAAAAUUGGAUCUCAUAAUAUAAAUAAUAUUUAUAUCAAAACGGAGAAAGACCAGGUAUUUUAGAUAAUAAUAACUGUACUUAAUAUAUAAUAGUUAAUGAGGCCGUAUGGAUAUUUUUUAAGCAAGAAUAUAAAGCUAACCCAGAUAUAAUUUGUAAAUAAAAACUUUCAAGAACUAAUGAUAAAAGAUCUAAGACUGUUGAGCCUACAAUAAAUCGACAGUCUGUUUCUAAUUCUUAAUCUACUUAUGAGUUACCGCUUAUUGGAAUGAAAAAUGAUUCUUACUUUUGUUAUAUGCAUUCUGGAUUAUAAUCCCUAUUAAGCAUAGCUGAUCUUAAUUAUUUCAUCGUAAAAUACAUCCAAAGAAUAUCUAAAUAACAAAUAAUAGACAAAAAAAAGGCAAAUAUUGUUUCAUAUACCAAAGCUUAUUUCGAUUUAAUUGAUUAAAUCAAAGUUAGUACUGUCCCUAUUAAAAUUAAUACUAUCAAAACACUUAUUAUUAAUUAAUUUCUUCCUAAAAAUUAACACGAUUGCCAUGAAUUCUUACUUUAUUUGUUAGGACAUAUAGAAGAUGAAAUUUUGAAUUUUAAUAAGGAAACGAAAUCAACUUAUAUUAAUUAUAUCGAGCAAAUUUUUAAAGGUAGAAAAUUUUAUAUUUAAUAGGAAAAAUUUAGACUAAUAUUAUAUGUCAACUUUGUAAUUAUUAGGUCAAAUAAAUCGAACCAUUUUUAACUUUAUCUUUAGCUAUCUCUCAAUCUAGAACACUUGAAGAAUGUCUUGACGAAUUUCUUAAAGAUGAAACACUAAGAGAUUAUAAAUGUGCAAAAUGUUAAUCCUCCUGUAUUAAAAGUCUAUAAAUCAUUUCGAUUCCAUAAAUACUUGUGUUGCAUCUUAAAAGAUUUUAAUUCUUGCCUUCAUGUCAUAAAAAUAAUAAAACAAUAACUUAUCCUAUGGAUAUUCUAAAUUUUGGAAAUUAAACUUAUAGGCUAAGAGCAGUGAUUGUUCACACUGGCAAUUUAUAAUAAGGCCAUUACUUCUCUUAUGCCAAAAGAUAUCAUUAAUGGUUUCUAUUUAAUGAUGAAACUGUUAAAGCUGCAACCAAAAAGUAAGUACUCAUGCAAUCUGCAUAUAUCCUCUUUUACUAAAUUAAUGAUAAUCCCUGA